AUGUCUGUUGAACCGCCAACUAAGAAGCUUAAGUUGAACUUAAGUGACCCAAAUGAACCACUCACACAAAGAGACGUGAUUUCUUUCCAGAAGGAGGCCCUUUUCAGGUUACUCAACGAUAAGAGAAAUAAUUUAAACGUCAUUAAUGAACAGUACGAAAUUACAAAUAAGAAAUUUCUUGAAAUAUCUUCAAAAUUUUCCAACUUAUUAAGCCUAGUACUGACAUUAGCAAAAUCUUUAGAAAUUGUAGUCAAAGAUAAUGAUGAUGAUAUGAAGAUUAUUGAUGAGGUUCUGAAUAGUGAUGAGGAUAAAGUGGUCGAGUUGACUGAUAAAUUACUUUCCAUCUUUACGAAAUAUUCAUCUAAUAGCGGCAAUGUCAAUGCGGAAAACAAUAGUUUCAAUAACUUUAGUAGCAAUCUAAAAUCUCUACAAAAGGAUAAGCUUCAUUUACUGAAGCAAAAUGAAAAAUUAAUAGAUGAGUUAAAUUCAAUAAAGUCAUAUUAUCAAAAUUUGGUCAAGAAAUAUGAUCGAGAAGACUCUCAGACAAUAAAGAGAGUGUUCAAGAAGGAUCUGGAAACGGAACAAGAUGCUAAAGAAGAGACUACUAGCGAUACACAGGAACCUGUUAAAACAGAGGAGCAAAUCGAUACAGUGGAAAAAUCAAAUGGCGUUAAUGAAGUCGAAGAGGAUUCAAGCCAAAAUGACGACGUAAUUAUGGGAUAUGAAUUAAAAACAAAAGAUUUACAAGAUCAAAUUAAUAACUUAAAAUUAAUGGUGGAUGAAAUGGAAAAAUUCAAAAAAAUGAAUGAGGAAAAGAUUAUUUCAUUAGAAACACAAUUAUCUAAUGAGAAUUUAAAUAAUCAUAAUUCUAAUGAAAAAGACCCUGUUCUCUUAGAAAAAUUGAGCCUAGUAACGAAGGAAAAUCAUGAAUUAAAAGAAGUCAAUGAUUCAUUCUUAAUCAAAUUUCAAACUUUAUCAUCUGAAAGAGAAAUCUUUAACAACAGAUUAACGGAGGAAUUCAAUAAAAAUUUCGAGAAUUUGAAAAAGCAAAAUUACGUUUUGGAGAAAGAUUUAGUUAGAAUUAGAACUGCAAGAGACGAACUUCUAAGCAAAAUUGCUGUACUGGAAUCGGAAACCAAACAAUCAAUAAUCUUGGAGGAUCUUAAAAGAUUAAUUGACAUUUCAAAUGAGCAACUAGAAAAGAUUCAAUCAAGAUCUCAAACCUCCGUUGAACCAAAUCAAGAUGCACUAUUGAGGGAAAUUUAUGAGAUGGAAAAAGGUAUAAAAGAAUUGACUCAAUUAAAUAACAAAAAAUAUGCUGAAUUAAUAAAUUAUGAAUCAGUAAUAUCCAAAUUGACCAUUGAAAAGACGAAAGCAGACCAAAAAUAUUUUGCAGCUAUGAGAUCAAAAGAUUCAAUCUUAAUUGAAAAUAAGAACUAUGCAAAGACAUUGGCCAAAUCAAAUGAACUUAUUUUAAAUCUAAAAGAUAAUGAAAAAUUGUUAUUAAGUAAAAUUGAAAACUUACAAAAGCAAUUGGCAUUAUCUCAAAAUAACGAAAAAAGAUUAAUUGAUUCCAAUAAAUCUGAAUCCCUAAAAUUAAUCGAAUUGAAUUCUCAAAUUAAUAAGAUAAAUAAGACAAGGACGACAUUAAGUUCCGAGAAUUUGAAAUUGGUUAAUGAUCUUAACAAAUUAAAGACACUUAAUAAUGACCUUUCCAUUACAAUCAAAUCCAACGAAUCACGGCUUAAAAGCUUAACUGAAAAAUGUGAUCAUUUACAAGAUGUCCUACUAUCUAAAAAGAAGGCAAAUAACCUUCCCUUGAACGAUGAUGAUCAUCAAGAAUUGGAAAAUUUCCGUCAACUGGUAUAUUGUUCAUUAUGUUCCAAAAAUUGGAAAAACAUGGCUAUCAAGACUUGUGGUCACAUCUUUUGUGAGGAUUGCUGUAAAGAGAGACUGGCUGCAAGGAUGAGAAAGUGCCCAACUUGUAAUAAUCCAUUUAGUUCUAACGAUCUCUUUUCAAUACAUUUGUGA